UUUUGAGGUUAAUUGUGUGAUAUUAAAUAUUAAACUGCAAACAAAAUAUUGAAUACCUACUGCCUACGCUACGGAUAAGUUUUGCGUGUACCGUUUGUAUAAGGCGUUUUAAUAACUUAAUAAUAUUAAAGUGGUUCUCAUAUUUCACUGACAAUGUCUUCGGGUCGGAAGUGUAAGAACUGUGGAAGCCUCGAUAUCGAGGUAGAUCCAGCACGAGGCGAUGCAGUGUGCACAAAUUGUGGUUCGGUUUUGGAAGAUAACAUAAUUGUCGCUGAAGUGCAAUUUGAGGAAAAUGCUCAUGGCGGUAGUAACGCACUUGGACAGUUUGUGUCGGCAGACUCUAAAGGAGGGCCAACUAAUUUUGGUGCAUCAUUUCAUAUUGGAAUGGGUAUCGAAUCACGAGAGGUUACAUUAAAGAAGGCACGAAAUGGAAUAACCAACUUGUGUAACCAGUUACGGUUAAAUCAGCACUGUGUAGAUACUGCGUGUAAUUUUUUUAAAAUGGCAUUGGCCCGUAAUUUGACACGUGGAAGAAAGAACACUCAUAUGUUUGCAGCAUGUGUCUAUAUGACUUGCAGAACAGAAGGCACACCACACAUGUUAAUCGACAUCAGCGAUGUACUACAAAUUUGUUGUUAUGAAUUGGGAAGGACAUACCUACGAAUAUCACAGGCAUUGUGCAUUAACAUUCCCUCAUUAGUUCCACCUUUUCGUAAUCGAGAUUCAUUAAUUGCAGAUCAACGUAGAAUUGAUUUAUCUACUAGCAUGGUGAGGAUUGAAGACUGAAAUGGAAAUAUGUCGUUUCCAUAAUUACUUUAUGACACUUCACUUUCGUUUUUAGUGCCCAAUAAAGCUAAGAUCAUACUAAAAUGAUGUUAUAAGAGUUGGCAUUAUUUUUCUAUUCCAAUGUGAAUUUCGAUUUUAUUAUUUCCGUAUAGGUAAUAUGGCAUUUGUUGUAUUUU